AAUAGCAACAACAACAACAACAACAUCAACAACAACAGUAAUAGGAUCAACAACAAUAACAACAACAAAAAUAACAAUAAAAAAAUAAACAACAACAACAACAACAAAAGUAACAACAAUAACAACAACAACAACAACAGCAACAACAACAACAACAACAACAACAACAACAACAAUAACAUCAACAACAAUAGCAACACCAAUAGAAACAAUAUCAACAACAACAACAACAACAACAAUAAUAUUAGCUAUAACAACAACAAUAACAACAACAAAAAUAACACCACCAAUAACUACAACAACAACAACAACAAUAACACCAGCAAUAACGACAACAACAUCAACAACAACAACAAAAACAAUAACAAAACAUGCAACAAAAACAGCAGCAACAACAACAACAGCAACAACGAAAACAACAACAACAACAACAACAAUAGCACUAACAAUAACAAUAACAGCAACAACAGAAAUGCCAACACCAAUAACAAUAACACAAUUACCACCACUACCAACACCAACAACAAUAAAAUGGAGAAAAGAUGCAAAGGUACUUGGAGGCAAGGUAGACACUCACAGCAGCAGCUCCGACUAGUAGAUGAUGAUUUUAAGGCUUUGGAGGAUUGUGGGGGCAAUGAUCAGUGGAGGGAAAUGUGGAAGUUGAAAAGAGAGGGGAGAUGA